GAAGAGUUAAAGUCUGUGUGAUAGUAGUGCUCUGUGUGAAGAGGAAGUUCAGACAUGAGAUUCAACUGACGCAUAGUUUUCACUUCUGGUGCAGCAGAAUCACUUUUGAGUUCAUGAUAUUUAAACACAGCAGCACUUUCAACAACGGAAUGUCUAACAGGUUCAAAACGAACUUCUUCACAGAUGUGAUGGGUCUUCUGAUGCCACGGUUUGCAGUGGCAGCAUAUGACAGAGCAGUUAUGUAUGCACUUGCGGGGCUUUACUUUUGCAGAUUUAAUCAGAUGAAACCAUAACACCCUUUCCACAAACGCAGAUAACACGAAUGACUCCGAGCCAUCGAAUCCAAAGUAAUUUGGGUUACACCAUAAUAUUUUCUGCAGAUGUUCGGUGUGCCGUCCUGUGCGCUCUCUUUUCCAGCCCACCAAAUGGAAAAUUCAUCAGAACCCACGUUACCUGAUAGGCCUUUUUUUUCUUUCUAAAACGUGGUGUAAUUUGGAACUUUUUUUUUCUUCUGGUAAUUGAAUAACACGAGGAGCGAGGAUCGCCGGUUGCUCAUUUGCAUCUCCCCUGGCUUCGCGCGCAGCGCCUCCUAAGACAAAAACACUCCAAAGAGAAGCUGAAAGCCUCAUUCUCAAAAAUCUGUGGAGUUAAGAUGAAACCAAACGGCGAUAAAGAGAGAAUCGCCGGUCGCGCACAGAACUGAUGCGUAUCUGUGGUGGACGCGCAGCUUCAAGCAACAGGCAGCAGUGGAAAGAGAGUCUGUGCUGAAAUUUAGUGAUAAAAUGUCACGACACGGACACACGUUGCACCUAUAACUUGUUAUUCUAUCGCGGUGGGUGGGACAGUCGUCGUGGAUACCUUUACGCGCGGUAGUAUUUGUGUAAAUGAGGGGUUGAUGCAAGAGGAAAGAGGGCGGUGUGUGCGUGUGUGACGGUUGGCCGUGUGCCUUGCUGAUGCUGCUUUCACUCCCAACUCAUCGCCUGUUUGGCUGCGUCUCACACGUGUAAUUUACCGUCCGUCCAGGGCAGGACACGCAUGCUUGAAAAGACCUCGGCGCACUUGAUGCCCGCUCCGGUGAUGCCAUGCCCCGGAACCACAGCGGAGACGAAGGUGGCACCGGGCUCUGGAUGAGGACGUCGCCGGGGCACCGUGGCGAAGGCGUGAAAGAUGUGGAGUCCGGACGAAAGAUGAUGAACAACGCGGGAGACGGUCUGCUGUCAGCCUCUGCCGCCGCAGGUGCUGCCGGCUCCGAGAGCCUGAGGGGGAAGCAGGGCGCCCGGCUCAGUCUGCUGGGGAAGCCGCUCAUCUACAGCGCGCAGAGCGGCCGCAGAAACGUGCGCUACCGGCGACUUCAGAACUACCUGUACAACGUGUUGGAGAGACCGAGGACCUGGGCGUUCAUCUACCACGCGUUCGUGUUCAUCUUGGUCUUCAGCUGCCUGGUCCUCUCUGUGUUCUCCAGUAUCCCUGCUCAUCAGGACUUCUCCUCCAGCUGUCUACUCAUUCUGGAGUUUGUGAUGAUUGUGGUGUUUGGAUUGGAGUACAUCAUUCGUAUCUGGUCAGCGGGAUGCUGCUGUCGCUACAGAGGAUGGCAGGGUCGACUGCGCUUCGCCAGGAAGCCCUUCUGUGUCAUAGACAUCAUAGUGCUGAUAGCAUCGGUGGCCGUGGUGUCGGCGGGCAGCCAGGGCAACAUCUUCGCCACCUCGGUCCUGCGGAGUCUGCGUUUCCUGCAGAUCCUACGGAUGGUGCGGAUGGACCGGAGAGGAGGAACCUGGAAGCUGCUGGGCUCUGUAGUGUACGCACACAGCAAGGAACUGGUGACCGCCUGGUACAUCGGCUUUUUGGUCCUGAUCUUCUCCUCCUUCCUCGUCUACCUGGUGGAGAACAAGUUCAACAAGGACUUCGCUACCUACGCUGACGCCCUGUGGUGGGGCACGAUCACCCUGACGACCAUUGGCUACGGGGACAAGACGCCAAAGACGUGGACAGGACGGAUGCUGUCGGCGGGCUUCGCCCUCCUUGGCAUCUCCUUCUUUGCUCUGCCAGCAGGUAUCCUGGGCUCAGGCUUUGCCUUGAAGGUCCAGGAGCAGCACAGACAGAAGCACUUUGAGAAGAGGAGAAACCCAGCAGCUUACCUCAUCCAGUGUGUUUGGCGUAGUUAUGCGGCUGAUGAGAACUCGGUUUCCAUUGCUACCUGGAAGCCUCACUUGAAGGCGUUGCAUACCUGCAGCCCUACAAAGAAGGACCAGGAGUCAACCACAAGCCAGAAGUUGAGCUUCAAGGAGCGGGUGAGGAUGGCAAGCCCCCGAGGCCAGAGCAUCAAGAGCAGGCAGACGUCUUCGAUGAACGACCGGCGCUCUCCGGUGGCUGAGGCCGGUACAGAGGGGACCAGCCCCGCCAAGGUGCAGAAGAGCUGGAGCUUCAACGACCGCACGCGCUUCAGGCCCUCGCUCCGCCUCAAGAGCCAGUCCCGCUCCACCAACGAUGCAGAGUCCAACAUGGCCGCAGAGGAUGGUUUUGACGACAAGGGGUGUCACUGUGAGAUCUCGGUGGAGGACUUGCUGCCCCCAGUGAAGUCGGUCAUCCGAGCCGUCAGGAUAAUGAAGUUUCAUGUUGCCAAGAAGAAGUUUAAAGAGACCCUGCGUCCAUAUGACGUGAAGGAUGUGAUUGAACAGUACUCUGCUGGUCACCUGGACAUGCUGUGUCGUAUCAAGAGCCUGCAGACCCGGCUGGACAUGAUAGUCGGCCCACAGCCCCUGAGCAGCCGAGCCAAGAUCUUUUCCUCCCCUUCACUGCCUGUCUUUUACAGUCAGGGCAGAAAAACCUCCACCCAGGGGGUGGACCAAAUCCUGGGGAAGGGCCAGGUCCCUCUGGAUAAGAAGAUUCGAGAGAAGCUGCUGUCUGAUGGAGAUUUAUUGGAGGACAUGAGCAUGUUGGGUCGUGUCUGUAAGGUGGAGCGCCAGGUCCAGUCCAUUGAGUCGAAGCUGGACUCCCUGCUAGACAUUUACCGGCAGGUUUUGCGUAAAGGCUCGUCUUCGGCCCUCACGCUCUCCUCCCUGCCACUUUUCGAGCUGGAGCAGACCUCUGACUACCACUCCCCUGUCUUCAGCAAGGACCUGCCCUGCUCCACUCAGGUCAGCAGUGGCGGAGCGCCUCCCCCUGGCGGCUUUGUUACACGGUCCUCCACCAACUCCCACCUCUCGCAGGGAGGCCUCCACCUCAUUCUGGCGCCCCCGAAUGACCUCAACCUCAACGCUUCCUCUUCCACGCCCCCCUCUGGCCUCGCAUCCUCCUCUUUCAGCCCGUCGCCACUGCCUCGUCACCACCAGCACCACCACCAUUGCCCUAACCCGGCUCAGGCCACCACACCGGAAAGUGGCACCGAUGACGCUGUGGGGAACUCUCCGCCCAUCCUCACUCUAAACAGUGUCACCAGUUCUGGGGGCAGAGAUGGGGGGUUUCCGCUUCUGGCGAGACUUCCACCGCCGCCGCCUCCUAAUCGAAACGGUGGCCCGGGCAAUUUGGUCGCAUCCCCCAACAUGGAGGAUUUUUGUGGAGGUCUGGGGAUGCAGGACAGCGGUGUCAGAGAGGAUGCUGGUCUCCGUUUGGGGCCGGGCAGACUGGAGCAGCAGCCCCAAGGCUGCAACAACAGCAGUGGCAGGUUUAAUGCUAAGGAGGAGGGCUCUUGGAGGAGACAUAUGAGCCUGGAGCUGGAACCCCUUGUGACGCCCGCCCUGGGCUGCUGCUCUGAGCCCAUCCAGAUGGACCGUGUUAUGGGCAAGUCUAUGUCAGUGCAGGACCUCAUGCAGGUGGCCCCAGGCGCCGUCCGGGAUACCCACCACAUCCACAGCUUGUCAUCUCCAAGCCCAAGUACAAGUAGUGACUCCCCCACAGGUUUCCACAGCUGUAGCCAAGACCCUGGAGGAAGAGGGGGCAUGGGUGGCAAAGGCCAGAGUGAUGGUGGAGGUGGAUGGGGGGAGGAAGACCUUUUUAUUAGCGACAGGGACAUAGGAGCACAGGGAUUUGACUUCCUGUCACAGGGAACUUCUGAAACCAACACAUUCUCCUUGGAGCUCCUGAGGACAGGAGGAAGAGCAGGGGCAGGGUCCCAGGGCUCUAACCAUAGCCCAGCCAGUGGGCUUGCAUCUUCUCCCUCGACUGCCAGCACUGAGUUCCUAAACAUGUCACAUGUACGGCUAAAAUAGACCCAGCUACAUGUUCAGCAGACGUACAAAUCUCACCUCACAGAGCGACAAUUUUUAUCCUUUUUGGAGGGAAGUGGGAGGUUGGGACUAUUACAAGGGAUACUCUUUUGUUUAUUUUCAUGUUGAUCCAUUUGAUAAGAAUCACAGUAUUUUCAUACAGGAUGAUCACAUGUGGCAUAUCAUUGCAUGAGCUAUUCUUUUGUUUUAAAUUAAAACUGACAAAUUUGA